UUUUUUCAUAUGGGAUAUUUUAUCUGUGCGCCAAAGACUGACUGGAACUGUGUGGAAAAGCUAAGCAGCAAACAUCUAUGUGCGCAGUAAGAGAGGCACUGACCUCUAGCGGACGCGUCACAGAAGUGCAAUGGCAACCGUAACCGAGUUGAAAAGCGCUUUGAAAGAGACUCUCGAGACUCGUGGUGUCCUCCAGCAGCUGAAGGCGAGGAUCCGGGCCGAAGUGUUCAGCGCCCUGGAUGAUCAGAGCACCCCCCGACCGCCUCUCUCCCACGAAAACCUGCUGAUGAAUGAACUCAUCCGAGAAUACCUGGACUUCAACAAGUAUAGAUACACAGCAUCUGUACUGACCGCAGAAUCAGGUCAACCUGAAGUUCCCCUGGACCGUCAGUUCAUGGCCAAUGAGCUCAAUGUUGCUGAAGAUGCAAGUAGCAAAACAGUGCCAUUGCUGUACGGCUUGCUCCAUCAUUUCCUCAGCAGUAAGGAAGAGAACAAGGGAAAAGUCUUAUUGAGAGGUUCAACAACACACAGCCAUCUUAAUGCAGAGUCAUCACCUUGACAGUUGAUCUGACGCUCACAGAAAAAAAACAUUUGAUCAGUUUGUCUGUCAAAGAAGCCAAAAUUUGUUUAGGUUAGGCUGUUUAGUGUCUUUUUUGUGUCAUCAAUUGUUGUCUUUAUAAAAUGUUAUUAUUCCGUUCUUGAAUGUAAGUCAGUUGAAUAGGAUUACAGGUGCAAUAUAUUACA